AGUUUACCUUUGGCGGUUUAUUGAAUCCACCUGAUGAUGCGACGUAGUGCUCGACACACUUUUGAGAUCCGAGUGUUUUGUGUUCCACUUUAAUUCGCAUUGCACUAAAUUGAAUGGUACAUCGGUACAGUAGUCAUUAGCACGUAUUCUUCCAUUCCAGUUUACAGUUAAAGUGAUGUGAAAAAAAAAUUCUUCACGAUGUAAAUUUAUAAUUCAUUUAAAAAUCGAGUGUACGUAGAUAAAUAUUAUUCAGUAAAUUUAGAAAUGUGUUUUGGAAAACUUGCGCGUUGCUUAGUGGAGCUUCUUAAUUCAUCAAUGAUAUACUUGGAGGCCUAUUCAUGGUGCAGUUAUUCGACCAGUCGAGAACAUUUUGCAAACCGAUGAUUAUUCGUUCAGUGUUGAUUCUCGCAGGUAUGACGGUUAUUUUUCAAAUAAGUAUUUACGUACUGGAGAUGAAGCAGCAAAUGAUGAAUAAAAGCUACGACGAAACUGAGAAGCUUUCGGAAGACGACAAAACUGCCAACUUAUCACUAGACACGUUGGUCUUCAUUCAGCGUCGAGAACACAUGAAUGAAAUGUGCGAAACUUAUGCCCACCUGCAUAGGAAUAUUUUCGACAACACGAAAGAUUUGGAUCAUAUUUUAGUCGACGAGAAGAAUAAAUUGCUGUACUGCUACGUACCAAAAGUAGCUUGCACGAAUUGGAAACGAGUAUUUAUGAUUUUAAUGGGAACGGCGGAUAGUCGAAAUGCAUCAUCGAUACCGGCUGAAAUAGUGCAUAAAAAAUCCACCUUCCGAAAACUGAGCGAUUACACGAUAGACGAGGUGAAAUAUUUUAUAGAAAAUUAUACCAAGUAUUUAUUUGUAAGGCAUCCCUUUGAAAGGCUACUUUCGGCGUUUAGGAAUAAAUUAGAAGAACGAUCUCAAAGAUCGAAGUAUUUUCAAAUGAGAAUUGGUCGAGAGAUAAUCAAACAUUACAGAUUUAAUGCGACCAAUCAUUCGUUAGAGUAUGGUAACGAUGUGACUUUCGAGGAAUUUGCCCUUUAUUUGAUAGACCAUUAUGUUCCGUCUUUUAACGAGCAUUGGAAACCGAUUAGCGAGCUGUGUUAUCCGUGUUUGAUUAAAUACGAUUUUAUUGGUAAAUACGAAACGUUGUAUUCGGAUGCUGAAUUUUUAUUGAAAUCGAUUAAUAAAAGUUAUAUUAAGUUUCCUCGUGUUAGGGUUUCCAAUACUACGGCUCAAAUUAUCAAGUACUUUAACGCAUUACCUCCUUAUGUUAUCGCACGAUUGCAUAAUAUAUUUGUAUUGGAUUUUAAAUUAUUUAGUUACUCGACCGAAAAUGUACUAGGCUAUGAGAUUGGUUGAAAGGUCUGAGAACUAGUAUAAAUGGAAAGGUACCUAGCUAACAAGGGAACCUUACAAGUAUGCAGUAAUCGAUCUGAUUUGUUUUUUUUUCAGAAGUGACAGGACCUUUAGGUAGUCUAGGGUCCCAAAGGUCUAAAAAUGUCAACUUUAGGCAAAUUUUGCCAAAUUGAAAAAAAAUGUGUUCGAAACAGUAAGAUAGUGAUUCCUAGGACACACAAAUAUCGAAAGUUGAAAAAUCAUAGGACCCGUUGGGUAUUUUUGGGGCCCCAAAUUUUCGGAAAAUUGCCCAAAAAUGAUCUAAAAAUGCUUUGGUUGCAACGACUUCGUAGAUCAUCUUUUCGUGUUACAAGUCGAGCUUCCUUUAAGGUUUGGACGCGAUUUUGAGCCUGGGCGCCCGAAAGGAUAUUUUUUUUGGGGCCCCAAAUUAUCAAAAAAUUGCCCAUAAAUGGUAGAAAAAUAUGAUUGGGCAACUAUAAUUUUCAGAACCGUUUUUUCUAGUCAAAAGUCGAGUUUCAAACGAUUAAAAAAGUUGUAGAGGCACAAUCUCAUUUUUCGACCAUUUAAUUUUAGGGCAAUGUUUUGAAGAUUUUGAGUCCAAAAAAUAACGUUUUGGAUGCGUAAAUUCAAAAUCGAGCCCAAAUCCCAAAAAAAUCACUUGCGACAAGAAAAUACGAUUCUCAAAGUUGUAGCUGCACAAUCACUUUUUUCAACUAGUCUGAUCAAAUUUUUGAAAAUUUUGGGCCCAAAAAAAUACCUUUUCGGAAAUGAAGACUCAAAAUCGUGCUCAAACUUCAGGAAACUCGACUUGUGACCAGGAAUAAUGAUUUCCAGAGUUGUAACAGCCAAAUCACACUUUUCGAUUAUUUUUGGUCAAUUUUUUUUUAGAAUUUUGGGUCCAAAAAAUAUCCUUUCGGAUACGAGGACUCAAAAUUACGCCCAAACUUCAAGAAACAAAAUUUGUGACUAAAAAAAGACGAUUCCUGAAGUUACACUUUCUCGAUCACGUUUUCAAAAUAUUGAAUUUCGGGCAUUUUUCGAAGAUUUUGGGACCAAAAAAUAUCCAUUUGGAUGAACCAAUUUAAAAUUUUGCCCAAAUCCCAAGAAAUUCAACUUGUAGGUAUAGCUAGAAAAGACAAUUCCAAAAUUUGUAGCUGCUCAAUAACAUUUUUCAACAAUUUUUGAGCCAUUUUUGAGAAUUUUGGGUCCAAGAAAUAGGCACGUAUACUCUUUCUGCAGAAAGUGAGAUUUGUGGGGAAAAUCCUAGAGUUCCUCGCCAAAUCAUAUUUUUUUGAACAUUUUUGGGCCAUUUUUGGAAAAUGUUGGGUCCAAAAAAUAUCUACAUAUAGCCUUUUGGAUGCGCAGAUUCAAACUCUUGCCCAAACUUCAGUGAACAAGACUUUGUGGCAAGAAAAUAAUACCUUUCUAUUAAUCACAUAUUUUUUCGACCAUUUUUGAGCAAUUUUUUGAAAAUGUUGUCUCCAAAAAUUCAUUUUUUUGAUGCGCAGUCUUGAAAUUUCACUCAAGUUCCAGGAAACAAACCUUGUGAUUAUGAAAGAUGAUUCACAAAAAGUUAUAGCUGCUCAAUCACAUUUUUCAAAAAAUUUGGGUGAUUUUUUGAAACCGUUAUUUGGUUUCAAAAAUAGCCUUUUGGAUUUGCAGACUCAAAAUCUCGCUCAAAAUCUAAGAAAUAAGACUUAUGGUUAUAGAAAAUACGAUUCUAAAAAUAAUAUUAUUUUUGGACAAUUUUUGUCAAAAUUUUGGCCCCAAAAAAUCCUCUUUUCGGAUGCGCAAUCUCAAAAUCUCGUCCACGCUCCAGAAAACAAGGCUUUGUGAUUAGAAAAGACGAUUCACAAAAAGUUAUAGCUGCUCAGCAAUCACAUUUUUCAGAAAUUUUGGAAUGAUUUUUUGAAACUUUACUGUUUGAUUCCAAAAAUAGCCUUUUGGAUUCGCAGGCUCAAAAUCUCGCUCAAAAUCUAGGAAAUAAGACUUAUGGUUAUAGAAAAUACGAUUCUCAAAAUCAAAUCAUUUUUGAACCAUUUUUGGACAAUUUUUGUUAAAAUUUUGGCCCCAAAAAAUCCCUUUUUCGGAUGCGCAAUCUCAAAAUCUCGUCCAAGCUCCAGGAAACAAGGCUUGUGAUAAAAAAAAGACGAUUCACAAAGAGUUCCAGUUGUUUAAUCACUAUUUUCGAUCAUUUUUGGUUGAUUUUUUGAAAAUGUUGGGUUCCAAAAAUAGCUUUUUGGAUUCGAAGACUCAAAAUCUCGUCCAAACUCCAAGAAACAAGACUUUUGUGACUAGAAAAAACGAUUCUCAAAAUUAUAUUUUCCAAAUUACAUUUUCCGACCAUUUUUGGACAAUUUUUUUAGAAUUUUGGCCCCAGAAAAUCCCAAAUCUUUGGGAUGAGCAUACUCGAAUUCACAUCUAAAUUCCAGCAAACAAAAUUUGUGACUAGAAAAGAUGAUUACCAGAAUUGUAGCUACCAAAUCCAAUUUUAGGAUCAUUUUUGAACAAUUUUUUAAAAAUUUGGGACUCGAAAAAUAUCUUAUGGGCUCUAUGGAAUGACUUUUUGGCACAUAAUAUGUCUUGAAAAUCAUUGUUUUACUGCAUUAGGCACAUGUUUCCAUUUUUUUGUAUUGGCGGAAUUGGUCUAAAAUCGAAAUUUUGAGACUUUUGGACCCUUGUUGGACCCGUAAUUUUGCAAUCGAGCAGCUUUAAAUUUUGUGGUAGACUUUCCUAAGGGUCUCCUCUUACUUCUGAAAAUAAAAGUGCACACUUGUGAAGUUCCCUAUAAGCUACCUGUUACCUACUCGUGGUAAAUAAGUGCAUGUAGGCCUACUUAAAUAUCAAAAAAUAUCGCGCCAAACUUUCGUACUCGUAUGUUUAAUAAUUAUAAUCUGUUGGCUGUUAUAAAUUAACUUUCAAAUUUAUUUAUUUUGCAAUGUACCUAUAUUUGAUGUAAUUUUUAAAAUAAAUUUUUUUU